CAAUGCUGAAGAAGAUUCCUCCGACCGGAGAUGGUCUGAUGCUGUCUAUAGUGCUGCAUGCUACACACAGACAGAUAUAAACAAGAUGACAAUGGCGGGGGGUUUCUGUGAGGUUGACUUUGAUGACCUCCAGUUCUUUGAGAAAUGUGGAGGUGGUACCUUUGGCAGUGUGUACAGGGCUCUGUGGAAGUCACAGGACAUGGUUGUAGCUGUUAAGAAGCUAUUGGCCCUGGAUAAAGAGGCCACAGUUUUGAGUGUUUUAAGCCACAGAAAUGUGAUGCAGUUCUAUGGUGCAGUAGUAGAAGAGCCCAACUUCUGUCUAAUUACUGAGUACGCCACUAAUGGGUCGUUAUAUGCCUAUCUACAGAAACCUACCAACACAAUGGACUUCCAACACAUCCUAAGAUGGGCCCGUGAGAUAGCUCAAGGUAUGAAUUAUCUGCAUGAUGAGGCCCCUAUGAAGAUCAUACACAGGGAUCUGAAAUCAAAGAAUGUGGUGAUAUCACACGACUGGAUUUGUAAGAUCUGUGACUUUGGAGCCUCACGAUUUAUGGGGAGCACGACGAAAAUGUCUCUGGCCGGUACAUUUCCCUGGAUGGCACCAGAGGUCAUACAAAGUUUACCUGUGUCGGAGUCCUGUGAUACCUGGUCGUAUGGAGUAGUCCUUUGGGAGCUACUUACUCAUGAAGUCCCAUUUAGAGGAAUUGAAGGUUUCCAAGUGGCCUGGUUAGUUGUAGAGAGGGAAGAGAGAUUGACUAUCCCCAGUACAUGUCCAGCAACCUUUGCAGAGCUGAUGAAGGAGUGUUGGUAUAUAGAACCCAAGCGACGACCAAGCUUUAGGGAUAUCCUAUCACGACUGCACACAAUGUUGAAUGACGAGAGUUUACCAGAGGAGACUAAUUCAUUUCUCGACCAUCGUGAGGUUUGGCGGAAGGAAAUAGAAGCCACUAUUGAACGAUUAAAAAAGGCAGAGCGUAAUAUUACCAUAAAAGAACAGGAACUUCGUGAAAGAGAAAACAAAUUAAAGGAACGAGAGAAAAGUCUGGAGCAGCAGUUCAAAGUUGUGAAACUGGAUUCCUAUGACGUUAACACCUGGAGAGAAGUGGAUGUGUAUCAAUGGGUACGGCAGCUGCAUAAUGGUCACACGAACGACCUUGCGAUGUAUGCUGACCUAUUUAUCAACAACCACAUCACGGGACGACGACUACUACUUAUGACCCAGACUGACCUCAAAAAUAUGGGCAUCAUGUCUGUGGGUCACAUCUUAGAACUGUUUACGGAGAUAGAACUUCUAAAAGCUCAUAACCACCGCCUUUUGAACUUCCCACCACUGUCUUCAAAUGUCCCAAAUAAAGACCGAGCAACUUCCCCUGUCAACAGGAAAGUGACAGUUACCUGUAUAUUUGGCCAUCAUCUUAGAAAAGGAACCUCUGAAAAGGACCAUAAAUGGAAGAUGUACAUGGAGAUGGAUGAUGAAGAUGAAGAAGAAGACAAGGAUGUUAUCCCAGUGACUUUGAUUAAAAGUGUCAGUUUUUCUUGUUCCUCUAACCAUGGUAUCUUCAAAAUAGAUCAUCCUCCUUUCAUUAUGGAGAAGUGGCAGACUGGAAUUGGGCCUGAUGUUGAGGUUGAAUGUGGAGUACAGUUUGAGGCCACAGUGAAGAAACCAAAAUCUAUAAAAUACCAUCAUCAACUUGACUCAAGUGCAACAACUUCUGGUCAGAAGGUGGUGACCUUGACUUUGCUUAGGACAGAGUCUCCACCUGAAUCAGUUGACACACUACCUCAGACUCCUACUCGUCCUUCCCAGUCUGUGUCACCAUCUGUUCAUCCUAGCCCAAGUUCACCUCAACUCAAGGGCUAUUGGAAUAAGCGUCAGAGCCUUGGGACUGUGUCGCUACCAGAGUCCAUCAAAAGUAGCAGUUCAAGCGUCUGGUCAAGCGUGGUGUCAGGACGAAAGCCUACCUCUCCAGCCAUCUUCUCAAGUGUUCAGGCCAAGCCUAUCCCUGGAACCCCCCUUGUUCUUUAUCCCUUCCAUCCUUCCCAAACUCCACCUAGCUCACCCUCUGUGUCGGCCAACAGUUCCCCAUACUCCCAAGGAUCAUCUCCAUGGUCGACACCUUCUCCUGCUCAACAUGUGCAACGACAUCAGUCUCCAUGGUUCCAUAACAACCAGUCAUCACCAGUAGUACCUCAUACCUCAUCACAGGAAUCAUCGCUGUCAUCACACAUUACCAGCUCUGAUAGCUCGAGUUCAGGAGGCAAAGGAACAAAACAUAACUCUAAAUGUUCUCCAAAGACUAAUACUGUUCGUGAGUCAAAAGUGAGUUUUGUGAUAUCCGAGCCUGUGAGUAGUGACUCGGUGGGCCAGGACUCCCAGAGUGGUUCUUACGCUGAUGUUUGUAAUAAGUGUCUCUGUCAACAGGGACAGCCACCUACAGGACAUACCAAACAGCCCUCAAACACACUCAAGGCUGGGAAUGAGGGAUGUGCCAACCCACAACACCAAACUAGUGACAAUACAACAAAGAGGGGUUUUAAUGACACCAGGGGCAGUAACCAUAUAAACAGAGGUCAUAGGGGUCAAAAUAGAGGUAGUGGUAAAUAUAGGUAUGACAGAAAUGAUUACUAUGGCAACCAACCUCAAUAUCAUGGGUCUGAAGUGUGGAGUGACAACAGAGGUAAACAUUUAGGUCAAGGUCGUGGGAGAGGUCAUCAUACAACACACAAACUUAGAGGCUCCCAAAGGGACUAUUUGUCUGGUGCUGAUUACCAGCGAAGUUUUAGUGACCCCAAACCCCGUACAGGGAGCUUUUUGUCAGAUGGAGACAUGUCUGAUGGUGGCAAGUCCAGUAGCUACAGUGCCCCUUACAGGGAACCACGCGGAAAAGGUCAAUAUAGGGGCAAUAAAGGGGGAAAAAAGUCCCCAGGUGUACCACCAGCCAAUGUGAAACCAGGGUCCGAGUGUGCUGUCUCAGAACCUCAUGCUAAUGGAGCAGAGAAGUCCGGUGAUGGAUCCCAAGAGUCCUCCGAGGAGGGACGUGGGGACUGGAAGGAGGUAGACUAUCACCAUAACACGAAUCGACAUGCUGACAAUAAACACUACCAUGGUUACGGCCAGUCCCGUGGACGUGGGUAUUUGAGUGAUGACGAACACUACAAGCAUUAUGGGUACAGUCGUGGUCGUGGGUACCACGGUGAUGAUGACAGACGGCGUCAUUACAGUGAUGGCGAGGCUCGUGGCCGGGGUCACAAAGGACGAGGUGGCCGAGAGGCUGAACAGUACUGGUCAGAUCGAAAUACAGGUAGAUCUCAUCCUCAAAAGAAAGUAUGAAAUGCAUACGCUGAAAAUGAACCGACAUAGACCAAGUGGCGACAGUCAUAUAGAUAGUGAUCAGCGCAAGGGAGAUAACAAAGGCCAUACCUUUACCUCUCUAAUUAGUGUGGACAGGUAUCGACUACUGGACAGGUGAGAUAAGACAGGUAUGGCCUACCGGACAGGUGAUAGUCCUGUAUAACUGACAGGUCACGCUUGGACGACCCAGAAAAUUAAACCUCAUCAAAACCAGCGACAGAUCCACCAUUACUUCUACCAUUCCAUUAGGCCUUGUCUACUUCUUAAAUUUUAUCAGAUUAGUUUUCUGUCAAAAGGAAUCAUCCAAAUUAUUUCAAAAUGGUAUCCCAGGGUACGAUGUUGAUAACACUAAAAAAUACUGCCUUAAUGAAACAUUUGUUUAAUUCAUCACCAGCAGAGUUAGGGUAACUGUGUUUCUUCAUUUUUGUGUUGAAUUUGUCAUGAAUUACAACACACUUAUGAUAUUGUCAUUAUAUGAUAUCAGAUUUUUGGAGUUUGAUGGAGUCUGUUUUAAUCAAGAAUUAGGAACAUGAAAGUUGCAUACGGUAUGAUAUUGAUUAUUGAAGUGAGAUAUGAAAUAAAGUGCAUGUGUAAUUUAUAUUCUUCUUAAAUAAUGUCCCUAAAUUAAUUUAAUGAAGUAAAGCAUAAGUAUAAAUUAUUUUCUUCUUUAAAAGUCAUGAAAUUAUUUCAUUAUCAAAUUUCAAACUAAGACUUUGUCAUAUGCAUUUCUGCUAAUCAAGAUAAACUAUAAUAUAUAUAUAUAUUUGUCCUUGUGACCUUGGUAUGACCUUAUGACCUUGGAUGGGUCAGACAGAUUAGGACAAACAGAGGAUUUCUGACACUUUCACAUCCACAGUAACAAGCUCUUGGUGAUGUUAUCACUCACAUCACUGAUUGGCUGAUGAGAGAUUAGGCUAUUUAAACUGAGACAGGCAUGUCAUAGGUUUUUAUGUGAGACUUGAACUCCCGGAAUUCUGUAUUUUGACUAUUGGUAUUCACUGGAACACAAUAGCAUUUCGUCCCCCACCCAUGAGUACCAACUGGUAUUAGUCAUACAGUACAAUACUCUAAAUGUUUCCUGGGCCAUUAUUGUGGAUGGAUAUCAUGUGUUUUUUAAAUGAUUACAAAAAAUAUUUUUUAUCAAUAUAUAGUGUUAAUCUGAAUUCACGAAAUAACAUUUCGUACAAUAUCAGACAUUCUAGAUAUUUUAAUUUUGAAAAUAACAUGAAAAAAUUAUGCAAUUGCGCUCUCUCCUUCUAAUGGCAGCCAUUUGUCAGAAAAGGGUACAUGUAUAAUUUUUCUUUAGAAAAUGUUUAGAUAUCAGUUCUUUUUUAAAUUUUAACUGUGAUUUCAUAAUGUAAGAAAUCCUCAAUUACCAACAACUGUACAUAAAUGUUCCUUAAUGAUAAAAGAUUGUACAUUUAAAAAUGUUACAAAAGUGAUUAUAUGAUCAUUACAUAUAGACUUUAAUUACCAGGUAAAAAAUAUGGUCUACGGAGGUGGUUAUUUUAUAUGUGGAGAUUUAGACACCAACGUGUAUGUAAAACCUGUUUUUUUGUUGACUUUUGAAUUUUACAAUGGUAAUUUGGAUCAGACUGUAUUAAAAUGAACUAUAAAUUCUACAUUUGAUGUGAACUUGAUAAAUCAUUCUUGAUAAAUUUGUUGAUUUAUUUUUAAUUUCAUCCAUUUUACAACAUAACUUUUUUUUUAUCAUGUUAAGUGGAACUAUUUAGAUUUCAAACAUUAAAUCAUUUUCAAAAACCUUGUCUGCUUUCUAUUUUAAAAUAUAAUUAACCCCUGCUUUUAAGGGUAAUCUAGAUCAUGAAAAUAAUCCUUCAUUAAUUGAAAAACCUUCUGGGAAAUUUUUGUAGAAUUCUGUGAACAUUUCUCAUAAUUACCAUUAAAAAACCAGCUUACAUGUCAUCCUUUUUAUUUUUAAUUUAUUUUAGUUUUGGAAGAUUUCAAAUAAAUAUACUUCAAUAUUUACUUUUUAUCAUCAUCAUCAUAAAACCAAUAUAUAUAUAUAUAUCAUCAUCUUCACCAGGACAUUAAUAAAUGGUCAUCAUCAUCAUCAUCAUAAUCAUCAUCAUCAUCAUCGUCAUCGUCUUCAUCAUCGUCUUCAUCAUCGUCAUCAUCAUCGUCGUCGUUGUCGUCAUCAUCAUCAUCAUCAUCAUCAUCAUCAUCCAGCAUACAAAUCAUGAUCAGUACACUUUAUGGUUAAUAUGACAAGAUAAUCAUUGCUUUUGAUGUUUCAUUUCACUGAUCAUUACCAAGAACAAUAAAAAUCAAAUGUAAAAUAGAAAAUAAUUAUCUCCAAGAAUUAUCCUAUAGCUGAGAUGUCUUGUAUUUAAUGAAUUUGAUAUACACCAAAAAUACUAAAUACUUGUCUUAUCGUGUGUAUUUCCGGGGUACGCUGGUUUCCUCCCACAUUUAGACCCCUCAUGUGCUUCCAGCUGGGGCAACAAGUGCGAUUAAUAUAAGUUUAUAUGAAUUGUUUUGCAUUUGUUGUAAAAUAAAGUUUAUAUUUAAAUUCUCAAUCUUAUUUAGAUUAGCUGUUGAAGUUGUGGUUAAUUAAGGUCUAUGUAUUGCUGUUGAAGUUGUGGUUAAUUAAGGUCUAUGUAUUUCAAUAUCCUGUUUAAUUUCACAUUUAUGUUUUACAUGAAUGGUUUCAUAGUAGAGAGGUUUCAGGGAAUGUAGAAUCAAUAAGUAAAACAACAUAUUUGACUUUUUAUGCAAUAAAUAUGUGAUUCAAUCAAUGUGAUAUUCUUCAUAUUAUCUUGCACAAUUGUAUACAUGAGGAUCGACUAAUUGUUGAUCAAUUCACAUGUAAGUUUUAUCAAAAGUCACCUUAUAGUUAUUGGGGUUGAGAUUUUGAAGGACCUUCAAGUCCAUAAUUAUACAUCAACAUCACAUGUCCAUCUUAUUUGGCACAAAAUUAAGCAAUAUCAUUCAAAGGUGUAUGAGCAAUAUAGCAAUUAAUGGGAGAUUUUUCCAUUUACCAUAUUUUUGUAACUCAUGUUUUUGUGGUAUUUAUUGUGAAUUGAUGCAUACAGCUGUAUAUGCAUUUAUUUUCGGGUCCAGGAUUGGCUAAUGUUGAAAGAUUUUGGCAUUUUUUCCAUAUUUGGAUUUAAUUGUUUCACAUCAAAUUUUUAUCACAUUAACUCCACAUAGAUUUUGGUAUUAUUUUGUGUUUAGAGUUAUACAUGACCCACAUUGCCUUAACACUGAUAUUGAGAUAUAUAAUUUUGAAACUAACAUGUAAGGAUUUUACUGUGACUGUCAUCGACAAGCAUAUAAUGUUGACCUGCCUGAUUUUGAUAGGUAGGAUUUAUCGAGGAAGUCGGGUAGACUAUUUAUCAUAAGCAAGUGAUAAAAUUUGCUUACUGUUAUAUUCUCUUAAUGCCAUGAAAAUUGUGAUUAUAUUUAGAUAUAAAUGAAAUGUAAUUGUUUUAUUUACAUAAAUCUGUAAUAUUAAUGUAUAUAUAUAUAUGGAGAUUUGUUUUAAUUUGAAUUUGAGAGUACAGUGUAAAAGAGUGCUUAUCUGCAAAUUCCCAACUGUAGUUGGAUUUUAAUUGUCACAAAAAUCAUCUUUUAUUCUGGGUUCUUUUAUUUCAGAACAUUUCAAAUAAUUUUAGUAAAUAUUUCAUCUUUUCAUGUUAGAUUCACAAAUAAAAAGAUUUUUGAUUAUGUAAGAAUGUGGUAAAAUAUAGACUUAAGUGGUUUUGUUAUCAGAUCUUAACUACACUUCAGGUGAUUUUGAUAUACAACAUAUCCAGAGCUAUAAACAUAUGUUUAUUAAUGUAUUAGAGAUAUGCUAUAAGUUAUAUGAUAUGUUACUUGUGUCAAUUUAUCGCCCUGUGAACAGCCAGGGUCAUUCUGUGGCGGGGUAUCCUUGUAGUAGUUGAUGACUACCUCACUGAACAACAUACAAGAGGCCCCAUCGCAUAUUACCAAGAGCAAUCAGGAUACAGUAUGUACAGCUGAUCGUUGCCCUUGGCUAGCGAAGAUGACCAUGACACAUUUUUGUUAACGUUAACCAAUAAGGGUUAUACCUACUACGUGAGUCGUAACCAUUGGCUAGCGAAGUUGACCAUGACAGAGAUUUUAACUUUGAUCCCUUGUUGAUGCCUUUGUUUUGCUGACUGCAAUUAAAAUAGAAAUAAUUUUGUACAAAGUGUCUGUGAUGUGAGAUACUGUAUCGUUCAGUAUGUCAGAGAUUCAGUACCAGUAUAAUAAUAUACUAAAGUAUCUGUCUGUCUGUCCUCGCAUUUCCUUUCACAAGAAUCAAGAAGCCUUAACAUUGCGAAAUUUCAACUGAUUCCUUUUUUUUUUUACGCAACAGCUUUGUCCAAAAAUACAUCCAUGUCCUAACUUUCCUUGUUGAAAAUGUUACUUGAAAUUUCAUUUCAAAUCUGGUUGAAGGUUAGAACUUUAUGCUUAGGUCUGAAGAUCAAAUGUCAAGUCACAAAUAUUUUUCAGUUCCAAAAUGUAAAUGUGUAGUCGACUGUCUCUCGAAGGCCAUACAGCAGUCCGGUUUCCUUUGAUUCUUAUCCCACUAUUGACGGAAGAUCUUAAUUAUGGCUGGUCUUUACAGGUUUUGAGCCAACAUAUUUUCUGUCAGUAGGAAGGUGGAAUACUAAUUGGUGGCUGUAAAUCAGCAAAUAUUAAAAAUUUGUCAAAAUGCAAGUGCCUGUUGAAAGUGCAAUGUUGAAAUAUAAAACCCUGGCUCUGGUCAUGGACUUCUGACAAGAUUUUAUUUAUCGAUGUGAUAUUUAUAAAAAUCACUGGAAAACUGAAUGUAGCAAAUUAUUUACAUAAUUACAUGUAUUGUAUAUGGUAUACUUUGUCACAGUGUGUGUAAAGUCUAUACAUAGAAGGACCAAACACUGUGUAAAGUCUAUACAUUGAAGGACCAAACACUGUGUAAAGUCUAUACAUUGAAGGACUAAACAGUGUAAAGUCUAUACAUGGAAGGACCAAACACUGUGCAAAGUCUAUACAUUGAAGGACCAAACACUGUGUAAAGUCUAUACAUUGAAGGACCAAAACAACAAUUCAAGAGAAUUUUAUUUAUUGAUGAUCCUGAUUAGGACAGUAUAGACGGACUGUGAGUCAUUAAAUCACUGGUUCAUGCUGUUUUGUAUUUUAAAUUUCUGUAUCAACAGGGUGUCUAAAUCAGACACAUUAUCAGGAUAAAACAAUAAAAAUCAACAUCCUGUGAAA